GACGGAUGUAGACGGCGAUACCUUCGCAUAUUAAACACGAAAGGGACCUGUCGGAAUCGAGAAUAAAUUCUGCGAUUGAAACCGGUUUUUGAGGAGCUGGAUCGGGAUGUCGGGGAAAGUGAGACACAGAACGUCAGCGAAUGCGGCAGACUCCGCCACUCAAUCGGUGAACGAAAAGAUCUUGAAAGAAUGUCAUUCUCUCUACAUCGAUCCCGAAAACGGUUUGGUGAAGAUUGCAGAGAGUCUGGGGAUCAGUCUGUUGGCGCCAAGGAAGAAGAUCACAGUACUGAUGAUAGGAAACCACUCUGCAGGCAAAAGUUCCUUCAUUAAUUGGUACGUAGAAGAACAUGUCCAGAGAACCGGGGUAGCCAUAGAGACACAGGGUUUCACCUUCGUCACGAGUGGCCGCAAACGAGAAUCGUUGACGGGAAAUGCCACGUUACACCUGUAUCCUCAUUUUGAACCACUGCGACAGAUCGAAGGGGUCACAGAUUACCUGACCACGGAGAUUUCCACGUCCAAGCAGAAGAGGUUCAGUCUGGUGACGUUUGUGGACACGCCUGGCUUGGUGGACGGGGAUAUGAAGUAUCCGUUUGAUGUCAACCAGUCUAUCUUAUGGCUAGGAGAUUUGGCUGAUCUGAUCUUCGUCUUCUUUGAUCCCAUCGGACAAGCUUUAUGCAAGCGAACUUUGAACUUGGUGGAAGAACUGAGUCACAAACAUGCUGAUAGAAUGAGGUUUUACCUGAGUAAGGCUGACGAGGCAGGACAUGAGAGUGACAGACAGAGAGUGAUGAUGCAGAUUGUCCAAGAACUGUGUAAGCGACCUGGACUCAACAGAACAGGGUUCGACAUGCCCACCAUUUACGUACCCAACAUGAACUCUAAGGGAAGCCGCUGUGCUAACCAGAUAGAGGAGGUGUGCAAGGACAUCGAGAAGACCAUCAAUCAGACGAUACAGAACACGCUCAACAGUCUGGAGCGCGACUGUCACCAAAUCGCAGAUAUGGUCACCACGAAGCUUCAGGAGGACAGCGUGAAGGCAUCUAACAACCUGAGAGCGAGGUUCCGGGGAGCUGCCUGUGGUUUCUGCGGACUUAUCUUACCGAUGUUACUGCUGACAACCUUCAUGUUCAGUACCAGACGAGACUUCGUCAAAAAGAUGCUGGGCAACAAUCUCUAUAUCACCAUCUACGGCUACUUGGGUAUCCUGGUAUCGGUUUGGGAGGGUAUACCUAAGGAAUACACGUCCUACGUCUUGUUUGGAAUCCUUGGUAUUGCCCUCUUGAUGCUGCUCGUUGCUAAGUUUGCCUCCCGGACGAAAACAACAUUAUCUCGGAAACAGAAGCGAUCUCUUGGAGAAAUUAAGGAUCAUGUGCUUACUACAGUAAAGGCCAAGAAGCAAAACCUUUAUUCUGAAUACCUCAAGCAAAGUGUGGCAGACCAUGACCUUUGAUGACCCAAACACAACCUUUGACCUUCAUCUCAUCCGUCACGGCUCUUCAUUCCUGACUCAUUUAGGAAGGAAGGGAGGGACAUCACUCAUUAGCCAUGGGACCAGAUUCUCACAUUUCAUCACAAAAGAAAUCUACAUCUAUUUAUUUUUCAUAACAUUUUCUUGUUAUCACAAAUAACUUUUUCAACAUUUUUGUGAAAUGUGAUAAGUGCUAUAAAUGACUGCUAUAUCAGUGUUGUUACCUCAAACCAUUUUUGUGAAAUGUCUGAUUUUAUGUUUUGGUUAUGUGUAAUACAGCAGUGCCAUCUGUGAAAUUAAAGACUUAAAAGAAAAUGCAAGUUUUCUCAACACACAUGUGGAUUUAAUGUCUGAAAAAUAUAGGGUGAAGGGGGAGGGGGGCUGAUCGUUUAAAAAAUGCUGAACAAAUUAGUUGUAAUACUUAAUGACAAGGACACAAUUAAGUUUAAGAAGUCUUGCCUUCAAAAUCAUUAUUAUUUUUUCUCUCUUGAUUUUAAAAUGAAAACAAAAGGUGAAUUUUUUAAAUGAACAUUUCAAGACAAAAUGCAUGGAAGUUGGAUAACUUUGCUUGCAUUCACCUUAAAAAGAUAGUUGAAGCAACUGUUCCUAGUUUGGUUGUGUUGUUUAGAUCAUUAAAAGCAGUAUUUAAUUCUUCAAAAUGAUUAAUUUUACAUACAGGUUCAGAAACAAGGAAAUCGCUAUAAAAUGAAUCUCAUGUUGAUUUUUUUUAUCUUUCUUCAGAAACGUUUUAUGAAUGAUAUUAGCUUUAAUCCUGGACAGCGCUCUGGUGUGUGGUGAUGGUGGUGGUAGAGUAGGAGAUCCGCGGUGUAGGAGUCAGAGUUGUUUAUAUAUCAUAGGAGCUAGUCAGGUUCACCAUCAUUGUCAGUAAUGUAUUCAUCACAGCGAUCACCUCAACUUCACAAAGUAUAAAGUAUUUUGCCUAGACAUUGAUUUUUAUUGCUCAGGUUUAGGUUCAGGCUAUUCCGUCUUUGCGUAUUGCAGAGUUAUCUUCUCUUGGGAGCAGGUAUUGAUUGUUAUGUCACUUAUUUGUU